AACAAGGAGUCAGUCGAAAGAUGACCGACGUUUAGCAUGUAUCAUGAUAACUAAUACCAUCGUUUAUUAAUAUUACUAAUUGAGUCUGCUCUUACAAUUCAACUGAUACUAGUGUAUUUUUUAGACAUUUUUAUACACAUAUUAGUAAUAUUUUAUUAUUGAUUUACGAUUUCUAACAAGUUUUUUCGACUCUAAUUGUUAUAUAAAUUGAACGCCACACAAAAUGCCUUCAUUCCCUCAGAUGUAUGGACGAGGUGAUAAUGGAAGCUAUCAACGUGGAGAAAGUAUUUCGACACAAUUUUCGAGCGCUUCAUGGCUUCAGAACAGUCCUUCACCGUUUAACACUCCUCCCCCAAGAGGUGAUUCAGUCGAAUCAAUUUCAGAUCUUAUAAGUAAUAUGCCAACUGCAAGGACUGGAGACCGUUUGCCUCACUUUGAGCAGAUGAGAAGCUGUCUGGAUCCUCAGUUACAAAGCUGUCAAAAUCCUGCGGACUAUUUACCAUGGACACACCAAAAUUCAACUCCUUUUGAUAACACACCUCCCCCACAAGGUGACUCAGUUGAUUCAAUUUCAGAGCUGUUUUCCUUGAACAUGCCAAGAGGAACCCUCCUUGGCAAUUCUAACCCAUUAGCGCCUCACUAUGGUAUUAAUCAAUCAAUUGACUCAAAUUCAUCUUAUCAGGGUGCUGGUUUACGUUAUGGAGGCUACCAGAUCCAUCACUAUGAGCCUCCACACAGCAUGUCAACUCCAAGGAAAGUCCUGAAGACACUUGACAUGACUCCGACUUCUCCUUACCCGACCAUGUCACCAAUUUGCCCCCCUGUGAAUUCACCAAAUCAGAGAAGUGGCCGAAGCAGCUCUACAGGAAGUGUAAUUGUUUUCUCACAGUUGAAUUCUCCGACUGAUUCAAGCACCAGUAAGUCAAGUAGUGAUCAAAGCAGCCUUAGCAUUCCAAGUACUGCUCAGUAUGCUGUCCAGCCAAGCACGAUGGCAUGCCAGAUGUCCGAGCAAGAAUGGGCCAACUUUCAAAACCUUUACGCUAUACAGAGACAGGAAGAAACUGAUGCAAAUAUAAUGAACAAAAUUAUUGAGCACACAAGCCGGCUUUUGCUUGCAGCCGCUGUCAACUCUGAACCCAAGAUCGAAGAUCCUCAGACUAUAUACCAGAAUGUCGCAUUGGAUACACUGCAGAAAUUUCAAAGAAAUUCAGUAGUGCCUCAGAUGAAUGUCACUACUUGGAGUGGACAACUCCCACCUCGGAUUCACAAAAACCCUACAUACUCGUCAAAGGUGUUCCUCGGAGGCGUCCCGUGGGAUAUAACUGAGCCAACUCUAAAACAGGCAUUCAGCAAAAUUGGGUCGAUCAAGAUCGAAUGGCCGGGGAAAGACUUAGCAGCAAAUCAACCAAAGGGAUACGCUUAUAUAAUAUUUGAAACCGAGAAAAAGGUAAAAGCCCUGCUUGAAUGUUGUUCCCAUGAUUAUUCAAAAGGUGGUAACUGGUAUUUUAGAAUUUCUUCCAGAAAAAUGAAAUCAAAAGAGGUACAAGUGAUUCCUUGGGCAGUAAGUGACAGCAAUUUUGCACGAGCAUCUCAAAAACUUGAUCCACAGAAAACUGUCUUUGUUGGAGCUUUGCAUGGCAUGAUCAAUGCAGAGGCUUUAGCAAAAAUUAUGAAUGAUCUUUUUGGGGGAGUUGUAUAUGCCGGGUUGGACACUGAUAAGUACAAAUACCCAAUCGGCUCUGGAAGAGUUACUUUCAAUAAUCACAGAUCAUACAUGAAAGCAGUAGUUGCAGCUUUUAUAGAAAUUAAGACUUCACAAUUUACUAAAAAAGUGCAAGUCGACCCAUAUUUGGAGGAUUCGCAAUGCUCUUCUUGCUCACUCCAGCAGGGUCCUUACUUCUGCAGGGAGAUGGUGUGCUUCCGUUAUUACUGCCGUGGAUGUUGGAGCUGGCAGCACUCGAACGAGGGAAUGAGGAACCACAAACCACUUACAAGAAACUCAAAAAAUACCAACAUCGCAGCGUUGUGUGCCCCUCCACACCUAAUGCUACGGGACUGAAACCCAAACCGAUCCAAGACUCCCAAAACUUCCAAACUGAUAUUGAGGUUUUUUCUUUUUCUUUUGGUGAAGAACAGAUGUGCCGGAAGAGCACCAUUGAGGGAUUUAGUAGAAAGUUAUUUAAAUUAUGUUUAUGUGGUGCUUUAACCCACAUAUUCUUCAUGUUUGUUGACAUUUUAUAUAUUUAAUAAUCUUAAAGAUUUUUCUAGUGUUCGUAUUGUAAACUUUUGUAAAAAUUCUGUGUUCAACAGUUUGCACACAAAAAUAGUUAAAUAUUUAUAAAAUAUAUAAACUUGAAUUUUUAA